UGUUUUCUUAAAGGGCCAGUUCCGAGCUGCGCUGAAGAGGGGGGGGAGGGGGGAGAGAGAGAAGUGAGGUGAAGACCGAGAAGGCCUCGGAGAGCCCCCCAAUCCCGCGCCGAGGCGGCGGCGGCGGCGGCGCGACGAAGAGGAUGAUGAACACAUUGCAAAGUUUUUUUGGCCCCGGCGAGGGGUGUCAGAUUGAGUGCUCUGUGCGCAUGUGCGAAGGUGUCCAAACUGACAAUGCUAGGGAGAUGAAGAUAGUGUGUAGCUGCUUCUGGGCUCAAGGAGGAGGAGAGAGAUUCCGCGAGCCGACACCAUGCGAUCCAAGGCGAGGGCGAGGAAGCUAGCCAAAAGUGACGGUGACGUUGUAAAUAAUAUGUAUGAACCCGACCCGGACCUGCUGGCCGGCCAGAGUGCUGAGGAGGAGACCGAGGACGGUAUCCUGUCCCCCAUCCCUAUGGGGCCACCGUCCCCCUUCCCCACCAGCGAGGACUUCACUCCCAAGGAGGGCUCGCCCUAUGAGGCUCCUGUCUACAUUCCUGAAGACAUUCCAAUCCCACCAGACUUCGAGCUGCGAGAGUCCUCCAUACCAGGAGCUGGCCUGGGGAUCUGGGCCAAGCGGAAGAUGGAAAUUGGGGAGAGGUUUGGCCCCUACAUGGUGGCGCCCCGGGCCGCACUGAAGGAGGCCGACUUUGGAUGGGAGCAGAUGCUGACAGAUACAGAGGUGUCAUCCCAAGAGAGCUGCAUCAAAAAGAUUUCGGAAGACUUGGGCAGCGAGAAGUUCUGCGUGGAUGCCAAUCAGGCAGGAGCUGGCAGCUGGCUCAAGUACAUCCGUGUAGCAUGUUCCUGUGAUGACCAAAACCUCGCCAUGUGUCAGAUCAACGAACAGAUUUACUAUAAAGUCAUUAAGGACAUCGAGCCUGGAGAGGAGCUGUUGGUGCAUGUGAAAGAAGGUGCUUACUCCCUGGGUGUCAUGGCCCCCAGUCUAGAUGAGGACCCCACAUUCCGCUGUGACGAGUGUGAUGAGCUCUUCCAGUGCAGGCUGGACCUGAGGCGCCACAAGAAGUAUGCAUGCAGCUCUGCAGGGGCCCCGCUCUACGAGGGCCUAGGGGAGGAGCUCAAGCCUGAGGGCCUCAGUGGGGGCAGCGAUGGUCAAGCACACGAGUGCAAGGACUGCGAGCGGAUGUUCCCCAACAAAUACAGCUUGGAACAACACAUGAUCGUCCACACAGAAGAGCGUGAGUACAAAUGUGACCAGUGUCCCAAGGCCUUCAACUGGAAGUCCAACCUCAUCCGCCACCAGAUGUCUCACGACAGUGGCAAGCGCUUCGAAUGUGAAAACUGUGUCAAGGUGUUCACGGACCCCAGCAACCUCCAGCGUCACAUCCGCUCACAGCAUGUCGGUGCCCGGGCCCAUGCCUGCCCCGACUGCGGCAAGACCUUCGCUACAUCCUCUGGCCUCAAACAACACAAGCAUAUCCACAGCACGGUGAAGCCAUUCAUAUGUGAGGUCUGCCAUAAGUCAUACACGCAGUUCUCCAACCUGUGCCGGCACAAGCGGAUGCACGCCGACUGCAGAACGCAGAUCAAGUGCAAGGACUGUGGGCAGAUGUUCAGCACUACCUCCUCCCUCAACAAGCAUCGGAGAUUCUGUGAGGGCAAGAACCAUUACACGCCGGGCGGCAUCUUCACCCCAGGCCUGCCCUUGACCCCCAGUCCCAUGAUGGACAAGACAAAACCCUCCCCAACCCUUAACCAUGGGGGCCUAGGCUUCAGCGAGUACUUCCCCUCCAGACCUCACCCUGGGAGCCUGCCCUUCUCGGCUGCCCCUCCGGCCUUCCCCACACUCACUCCAGGCUUCCCAGGCAUCUUCCCUCCAUCCCUGUACCCACGACCACCUCUGCUACCUCCCACACCGCUGCUCAAGAGUCCCCUGAACCACGCGCAGGACGCUAAGCUACCCAGCCCGCUGGGAAACCCAGCCCUGCCCCUCGUCUCUGCGGUCAGCAAUAGUAGCCAGGGCGCCACAGCGGCCACCGGGCCAGAGGAGAAAUUCGAUGGCCGAUUGGAUGACGCGUAUGCAGAGAAGGUCAAAAACAGGAGCCCUGAUAUGUCGGAUGGCAGUGACUUUGAGGAUAUCAACACCACGACCGGGACAGACUUAGACACCACCACGGGCACGGGGUCGGACCUGGACAGUGACCUGGACAGUGACAGGGACAAAGGCAAGGACAAGGGGAAGCCAACAGAGGGCAAACCUGAGUUUGGGGGUGCAUCGGUGGCCCCUGGGGCCAUGAACAGUGUGGCCGAGGUGCCGGCCUUCUACUCACAGCAUUCCUUCUUCCCGCCGCCCGAGGAACAGCUGCUGACGGCCUCAGGAGCUGCCGGUGACUCCAUCAAGGCCAUUGCAUCCAUCGCUGAGAAAUACUUUGGUCCUGGCUUCAUGAGCAUGCAGGAGAAGAAGCUGGGCUCAUUACCCUACCACUCCGUGUUCCCCUUCCAGUUCCUGCCUAACUUCCCCCACUCCCUCUACCCCUUUACGGACCGAGCCCUCGCCCACAACUUGCUGGUCAAGGCUGAGCCAAAGUCACCCCGGGAUGCCCUCAAGGUGGGCGGCCCUAGUGCGGAGUGCCCCUUCGACCUCACCACCAAACCAAAAGAGGCCAAACCUGCCCUGCUCACAUCCAAGGCCCCCCUCGUCCCCUCGUCUGGUGAGGAACAGCCACUGGACCUGAGCAUCGGCAGCAGGGCCCGGGCGAGCCAGAAUGGAAGCAGCCGUGAGCCUCGGAAGAACCACAUCUAUGGUGAACGGAAGCCAGGGGUUGGCGAGGGGCUGCCUAAGGUAUGCCCAGCACAGCUGCCCCAGCAGCCCUCCCUGCACUAUGCCAAGCCCUCGCCUUUCUUCAUGGAUCCCAUCUACAGCAGGGUAGAAAAGCGGAAGGUGGCGGACCCUGUGGGAGUCCUGAAAGAGAAGUACCUGCGGCCAUCCCCACUACUGUUCCACCCCCAGGUAACAACCACUAUGUCAGCCAUAGAAACUAUGACGGAGAAGCUGGAGAGUUUUGCAGCUAUGAAGGCCGACUCAGGCAGCUCCCUGCAGCCCCUGCCUCACCACCCCUUCAACUUCCGCUCCCCACCCCCAACGCUCUCGGAUCCUAUCCUCAGGAAGGGCAAGGAGAGAUACACGUGCAGGUACUGUGGCAAGAUCUUCCCCAGAUCUGCAAAUCUCACAAGACAUCUGAGGACACACACCGGGGAACAGCCAUACAGGUGCAAGUACUGUGACCGGUCAUUCAGCAUCUCCUCCAACCUCCAGCGGCAUGUGAGGAACAUCCACAACAAAGAGAAGCCGUUCAAGUGCCAUCUGUGCAACCGCUGCUUCGGGCAGCAGACCAACCUAGACCGGCACUUGAAGAAGCACGAACACGAGGGCGCACCAGUGAGCCAGCACUCCGGGGUGCUCACGAACCACCUGGGCACCAGUGCCUCCUCCCCCACCUCCGAGUCGGACAACCAUGCACUUUUAGAUGAGAAGGAAGAUUCCUACUUCUCCGAGAUCCGAAACUUCAUCGCCAACAGCGAGCUGAACCAGGCGUCCACUCGGAUGGACAAACGGUCUGAGAUCCAAGACCUGGACAGCAACCCCCCGUGUCCAGGCUCAGCCAGUGCAAAGCCAGAGGACGUAGAGGAGGAGGAAGAGGAGGAGCUGGAGGAAGAGGAUGAUGACAGCUUAGCCGGGAAGUCACAGGAGGACACAGUGUCCCCCACACCUGAGCCCCAAGGAGUCUAUGAAGAUGAAGAUGAAGAGGAACCACCCAACCUGACCAUGGGCUUUGACCACACCCGAAGGUGUGUUGAGGAGCGAGGAGGCAGCCUGUUAGCUUUGGAGCCGACGCCGACCUUUGGGAAGGGGCUGGAUCUCCGCAGAGCAGCUGAGGAAGCAUUUGAAGUUAAAGAUGUGCUUAAUUCCACCUUAGAUUCUGAGGUUUUAAAACAAACCCUGUACAGGCAGGCUAAGAACCAGGCAUAUGCAAUGAUGCUGUCCCUCGCUGAAGACUCUCCUCUCCACGCCCCCUCCCAGAGCUCACUGGAUGCUUGGUUGAACAUCACAGGACCCUCCUCAGAGUCCGGAGCCUUUAACCCCAUCAACCACCUCUGAGGUCCUGGAGGCCCCAGGGCCAGAGUCCAAAGCCAGGGUACCAGCUGCAGGAGACGGAGAAGGGGCCAGGGAGCAGCCCCCGACACCUUCACUUUGCCUCCAGCCCCAGCCACCAUGGCUCAAGUCCAACUUCUCCAAUGAAACUCAGAACCUGAAGGUCCCUUGAGUAGCCGCUGGCCUUCAUCACCUCUCAGAACUGGCCUCAAGGACAUGAUCUGCAGUGGGUGCAGUGCACGGCCACCCAGGAGCUGUUCACAGGAGCUGUGGAUCAGAAAACUCGUGGGCAAGGGUGGGUCUCCAUCCCAGCAGGAGCCAGUUGGCCACAUCCGGGCAACUGCAUGGUAUGAAAGAGGAGAUCGGAAAGACUUGGGCAAGUGCUAUGGAGAGAGACCUCGUGAAUGAUUUUUAUAAUGAGAAUCACAUGAUUAACCCUUUUGGUAAUCUUAUUGACUAUAGAGUCUAUUUAAGCAUGUGGGUUUUAAAAAAAAAUAGACAGUAUUUUUUAAAAAUCAAAAAAAUGACUUGCAAAAUGUUUUUUAAAAGUAAUUUUGCAUCGCUUCGGAAUUUCAGCUUAUUGGCAAACCCACACCUGCCAGGACAUCGAGCGUGGCUCGGGUGUGACCUUUAUAAUGUAGAUAAUGGAGAAUUUUUUUCUAUCUCUGACCUGUUUGUACAAGCCAAGGUGAUUCCAUGUGCCCGACACAGGGUAAGGGGCCUGGAGCCACUCAGCUAAAUAAGAUGCUGACUAUACAAGACACGGUGCCUGGCUGGCUGCAGGUUUGCAAAGGCCAGGACAGAGAGGUUGCCUUGCCCUAUGUGGUCUGCAGAGGAAUCCACGGGUCCCACCCAAGACCCCCCAAUUGUAUGGGGAAGUCGGGAGCCAGUGGCUCAGGUCUUCCAUGCUGGACACCUAAGGGUCUUCCCCUUCAGCAGUCCCAGCGCUGGCCUUGACUGCUGCUCUUCUGAAGGCAGGGCUCUGGGCUGUGUCGAGGCCUCCAGCCUUCUACCCUCUCCAGCCCUGGCAGUCUGAUGCCUUCCCCAUGGCCACUGAGUGUGGGAAGCCUGCCCGCCUGCCCCUCCACUCCAGGACACCAAGCACUACUUGUGCCUAAGACUCCAGAUCAACCACACAGCCAGCACUUCUGCUCUUGGUGUGGGUUCCUGGUGAGAUGAGGUAGAGAACAGGAGGAAGAUCCAGGGGACCUGCCACAGCAAAGAACAGAGACAGUACAGACCCCAGGACCAGAUGCCUCACUCCCUCGGGAUGGUCGGAACGUGUCUACUUCUCUGCUUGGAUGGGCUUUAAAUUAUCCCAUAGGGGCCAAUUUCAAAUAAUUUCUUUUCCUGAUGAAAUUUACCUUAAUCUGUACAUAACUUGUAAUUUUUUUCUAAUUUGUUUCUUUCCUUAUUUUAUUUCUUCCUUAACAGUAUUUUUGGCAUUGGACAACUUAUUCUGAAGAAAUGAUGUUAAUAUAAGUAUGUAGUGAAGGACCAAAACCGUGUGACAAGGUUGUGUGCUGUGUGAUCGGUACCCAGGGAGUGGGGCAGUUGUUAAUGUGCCAAAUACCCCUGUGUCCCUCCCUCCAGGAGUUCCGAGGUCACUGCUGCCCACUUACCAGACAAUCAUAUGAUUUUGUUAAAUUUGAGUUUCAGUUACAUUUUAAGACAAGUAUUCUAUUUAUUUUAUUGUUUGGAAGGAGAAAAACAAAAAACAAAAAAACAAGGAGUAUCCCAACAAGAUAGGAGGGGACAGAGACCGCCUGGGUUGUCAUUAAAAACUACAAGAGAUGGUGUCAUCGUCAGCAAACCCGGUGCAGGUGUGUCAUGCCAUGGGCCUGUCAGUGAUUCCCUCUGGGAGCAACUUAAACAUCCAAGCAUUAGAUUGCUAAGGCUGCUCUGGGGCAAAGACAGUCACCUUUGCUGAUGCUGAGUAGUUCAGGCUAUGCUGGGAUCCAUGACAGGGAUAUGCCUGAAGACACCAUUCCCCUGCAGGUUGUGGUGAAUCUCAGUGAUAUAACACAGAACAGUCCCGUGUCAUGCUCAGAAGCACUCUCAGGUAUGCAAACUGGAUGGCCUGAGAGAGCCGGGACACUGCAGAGGAACUUGCCAUGGUUCAGUGGUAAGGAUUCGUAGGCCUACUUGCUCACAUUUCUCAUGGGUCUGUGACAUUCUCUCCGUGGCGUCCUGGGCCUCGCUUGAGAAUUCCAGUUUCCUCUAGGUGGAAGCUAGAUGGAACCCCUGUAUAAGUUCAACCUCAGAUAUACAUGCCCCCCUUUUGUAAACCCCAAAUUAUAUGCUUUCUUCUCA